AUGCCACACAGGCUCAUCGGAAAUGGUGGCGACUCGCCCAAUGGCUCGGGCGGGAUGAUACCCUCCACCGCGCCGCCGUUCGCCAUGACGCGUUGGGUCGCGCAAACGCGACAGAACUACGUCUCGAUGACACCCUACAACUACACCGAUGGCACGAUUCACGGCUUCCAAGGGACACAUCAGCCGGCGAUAUGGAUGGGCGAAAGCGGGCAAGUUGUAGUCGUCCCCGGGUUGGGCGACGUGAAGAGCAGUUUCGAGGAUAGAGGGAUGGCCUUCAGGCAUGAAGACGAGGUGAUAACCGCGCACUACUAUUCUGUGGACCUGAAGGCGGAUGAGGGCAAUGUUCGUGCUGAGAUGACUGCAACUUCGCGGGUUGGCCACCUCAAGUUCACCUUCGAUUCAACUUCCCCUCCCUACAUCCUUAUCGAAGCGACGCGCGCUUCCAUUAUUGGCUCUGCGGAUCCGUCCAACGUCACCUAUCCUCUGGGUGAAGUCUCCAUCGACCCAUCCUCUCGCGAAAUCACGGGCUACAAUCCCGAACGCCAAGACUUCAUCAUCGGACCUAAUACCGAGACGGCGAAGGGCUUCAAGGGUUACUUCUGCGCAAGGUUCUCGGAACCUUUCUCGGCAUGGGGCAUCACGCAAAACGGGACAGCUCGUGAAGGUGCCACCCGCGAUGAAGGUGCACUUCUCAGCGCAUAUGCGGCGUUCCAAGAUGGGACUGCAACGGUAGAUGUCAGGGUUGGCGUGUCUUUUAUCUCCGUCGAGCAGGCGCGUCGGAACCUAGACAACGAAAUCAGUGACGAGACCGCCUUGGAAGAAACUGCGCGCAAGACGAAGGAUCAAUGGGCAGAGAAGCUCGAUAGGAUCAAAAUCGAGGGCGGAACCCAGGAAAACAAGACGGUGUUCUACACCGCGGUGUACCAUAGCUUGCAGUACCCUUACGAGCAAAGCGAAGAAGGAAGGUACUACUCAGGCUAUGAUGAUUCUGUGCAUGAAGGAGAGUCUUACACGGGCUACUCCAUCUGGGACACGUAUCGUGCGAUUUGGGCAUGGCAAAUGCUCCUAGCCCCGGAACGUAUCAAUGGAAUGGUGCAAAGCAUGCUACAUGACUACAAAGAAGGCGGCUGGCUCCCAAUGUGGAAGAAUAUCGUUGGCACUCAUGCGGAUUCGCUCAUCGCGGAGGCGGUCCUGAAGGGUUUCAAGGGCUUUGAUCUCGAUCUCGCAUGGGAAGCAGUGCUGAAGGAUGCCACGGUGCCACCGAACGUCGGCUACGAGGUUCGGGCAGGGUUGUCUUCGGUAUACAACACCAAUGGCUGGAUCGCCAACGAUGUUCACUCCGAGUCCGCUUCUAGAACGCUGGAUUAUUCUUACGAUGAUUUUGCGGUUGCUACUCUCGCUUCCUUGCUUAAUCGGACAGACGAUGCCGAUUUCUUCCUCAACCGCUCCCUCACCGCACCCUUCACGAUCUUCAACUCUAAUACCGGCUUUAUGGAAGCACGAAAUGCCGACGGAUCCUGGGCCGGCGACGAAGAAGGCUGGACAGAAGGCGACAAAUGGGCGUAUACAUUCGACGUAGUGCAUGACAUUUCAGCCCUCAUCGACAGGCUGGGUGGAAACGAGAGCUUCGUCAAUUUUUUGGACGAACAUUUCGAUGCGUGUCCGGUAUCUGACGGCAGAUCUCAGCCAUCGCACCACAUUCCAUACCUAUACGCCCUUGCGGGAGAUGCCUCUAAAUCUCAAGAGCGCGUCCGUGAAGUAGCGUCUUCCGACUACAACGCGACUGUGAACGGACUCUCAGGGAACGAGGACUGUGGCCAGAUGAGCGCGUGGUACAUCUUCAGCGCCUUGGGCUUCUACCCGGUCAACCCCGUUUCUGGAGAAUACGUCGUUGGAUCCCCUUUCUUCGACAAAAUUGUAAUCGAUCUGCCGAAUGCGGAUCAGCCGUUGACGAUCACCGCAGACGGUGCGGUGACGAAACCAUACGUGGAUGGCUUGGAGGUCAACCAUGUUCGAGUCCGCCAACCGAUUCUGAAGCAUGAACAGAUUGCGAGAGGAGGCGAUGUGUCGUUCACCAUGAGAAACACUCCCGUUCGCUGGCACUAA